AUGGUCUCACAACUGCGAGACGAAGUUCAGCAUCUUAAUGAGCAUCUUUCCCUGUGCCAUAAGGAAUUGGAAGAAGCAAAGCUGGAGGAAGAGAAUGAGGAACUGGUGUUAAAACUCAAGGAAAAUGAGAAGGCGAUAAGCUUUCAGGAACUGCGAGAAAAGGUCACCGAACUGAAGGCGAUGGAGAACCAGCUGAAAGAUAACGUGUCCACAAUGUCGACUCUACAACGCAAGAACGUACAGUUGACCAAAAUAAUCAAGACCUUGGAGGAAGAACAGCAAGCGAAAGAGAACGAAUAUCUGCAGAGGGAACAAACACACCAAGAACAGAUAACAGAUCUUGAACACAGAAUUAAGAAUCUGGACCAAAACCUGGCUGAGUGCAAAGCGACAGUUGACAAGUACGAGAAGGAAGAAAGAUACAAAGAACAGGCGCCAUCGCAAGCCAGCCAGCACACCAUCGCCAGCCUACAGGUCAUAGUGCAGGACUUGUCGAACAAACUCCGAAUCGCUGAUGAGAACCUUUUGCAAAAGCAACAAGAUGCAGAACACCAACAGAGGCUGAACGAGGAACGGGAACGCAACGUCAUCAGCCUUCAGUGUUCAGUCGAGGACCUUGCAGCCAAACUUCAGGAGGCAGAGACGAAAUGCAAGGUAAUGUGA